AAAGAAGCAGAGAGUGAUUCUUUGCAUCACCUCUUACUCCAUCGUAACCUGUGACCCUUUUGCUUCUCUCCGCCACCACCACCACCUCAUCAUCAUCAUCAUCUUCUUCUUCUUCUCUCUCUCUCUCUCUCUCGAGAUUUUCCGUCAAAAUAUUUUUUUUUAAAAAGAAAAUAAAAGCAAAGAAAAAAAAAAUACAAUUUUCAGAUACAGAACUUCAUCUAAUCCUCUGUUUUUAUAUAAUACGAAACAAACACUGCAUCUCUCUCUCUCUCUCUCCAGAGUAAAGUUCUGAUCGUGUCUCCUAUCGUUUACCUCAAAACCCAUCUCGAUCUCGUUUCUUGUUCUCUUCUGAACUUCUCAGGUUUUUCCCUCUUCGAUUUUAUCUUUUAAGUUUGCUAAUUCCUUUAAAAUUAAUGUAAAGUUUAGGGUUUUAGCCCAACUAUGUGCUGAAACUGUAUUCACCUUUGUAACCUUCCUUUACCUUUAGAGUUUAGACUAGUGAUAGUGACUGUAAUUUGUAGAGAAGGAAUUGUUUUUUUUUUUGUUAGCUGUUAAUGUGAAGAAAGAUUAGAACUUUGUGAGAUGGGUAAUAAGCUAGUGGGAAGGAGGAGACAAGCGGUGGAAGAAAAGUAUACAAAGCCACAAGGUUUGUAUCUGAACAAAGAUGUCGACAUUAAAAAGCUUAGGAAACUGAUUCUUGAGUCUAAGCUUGCUCCUUGCUACCCUGGAGACGAUGAAGGCUGUCAUGAACUCGAAGAAUGCCCCAUUUGCUUUCUGUACUAUCCUAGCCUCAAUAGGUCAAGAUGUUGCAUGAAAAGCAUUUGUACAGAGUGUUUUUUGCAAAUGAAGAAUCCUAAUUCAGCUCGGCCUACUCAGUGCCCCUUUUGUAAAACACCCAACUAUGCUGUUGAGUACCGUGGAGUAAAGAGCAAGGAGGAGAAGGGCAUUGAGCAAGUUGAGGAGCAACUGGUUAUAGAAGCCAAGAUAAGGAUGAGGCAGAAAGAAAUGCAGGAUGAUGAAGAGAAAAUGCAGAAACGUUUGGAAUCAUGUUCCUCUAGCACAAGCGCAGUGACUGGUGAAAUUGAAUAUGGCUCAGCUUCAGCUAUGUCUUAUAAUUCUCCUAUGGAAGAUGCGGAAACUGCUUCAUCUCAGAACACGUCAGUUAGACAGAGAGGAAACAGGGAUGAUGUUGACCUUGAAGAAUUAAUGGUUAUGGAAGCAAUAUGGCUCUCCAUUCAGGAAACAGAGAUGGAGAGAAGUUCAGGUAAUGGAGAGAUUGCACCUUGUAGUCAGUAUGUAUCAGAAGAAGAACCAGCAAUGCCGUCUUCUUGUGCAAUCUCUGCACUUGCUGAACGCCAGCAAAUGGUUGGUGAAUCCUCCAAUCACAAUCACAAUCACAACGUCAACGUUUCUUCAUACGCUAUGCUUCCUGGCAACUGCGACAGUUACUACGACGUAGAACAAGAAGUAGACGACAUUGACCACCACCAUAAUCAUUACCAUAACAACACUGAGAUGGGAGAAACAGGGAGCAGCAGCUAUGUAAGCUCGUACAUGAACGGAGAGGGCUUCCACAACUUUCCUCCUCCUCCUCCUAUGGUCAUUGUUCCAGAGAGUUUUGAAGAGCAGAUGAUGAUGGCUAUGGCUGUGUCUUUGGCAGAGGUUCAUGCCACGACCACAAGUGCACCAACUGAAGUUAGUUGGCAAUAAAAUAGUGUAGUAAUGGAAACUCAUGGUAGUCACUUCAUUCAUAUAAUGUCUGUUUUUAUAGGAUGAAAGAAAAAGAAAAAAAAAACAGAAUAUCCUGUUUUAAUAGAAAAUUGUUGGGUUGUGUUCAAAAGCUUCUUAUGUUAUUAAAUCUCUGUGGUUCUUUCUUUUGUUAGUGAAGGAUAUCACAUGUGUUUUGUCUCUUUGAUAUUAAAAGAAAUGAGAAGAGAGGCUUUCAAGGA